AUAAAGCAUUAUUAUUGCAUAGUGUAAGUUUAUCGCAAUCUCGGCCGCACAUUUUUCGGAACACGAUGCGGCUUCUUUUUCUCGCCUUUAUUGGCGUAAUGCUGACAAGAAAUGUCGCGCCGUCGAUACUGCGUGGAUAUCCCAGACGUCUCGAGCGGGUGGACGAUCCGCCUGAUAACAAAUCAAGUCAAUCGAAUGAAACCAAAGAAGAUUCGUCGAAUGUGUGCAAAACACAAGAAUGCGAGAAAAUGGGUAAAUUAAUAUCGGAAAGCUUGGACAAAUCGGUGGAUCCGUGCGACGAUUUCUACGAAUACGCUUGCGGAAAUUGGGCGCAACAUAAUCCCAUUCCGGAAGGGGAGAUCAUAUGGAACUUAAUCCGCAUACUUCAACAAAAAAUCAAAGACGAGAGAAAAGAAAUUUUGGAAGUCGGACCUAAGGCUAACGACGUUUUAGCGAUGAAACUCGCGAAGAAAUGGUAUACGGUUUGCAUGGACACAGACGAAAUGGACAAGCGAGGGAUCGAGCCGAUAAUCUACACUUUAGCGCGUAUAGGCGGCUGGCCGAUGAUAAUGGAUCCGGAAGAAUGGGACGAGCAAGAGUACAACUGGCAAAAAGUGGACGAUCAGUAUAUGCGUUUAACGGGAAGAAAUGCUUUUCACGAUGUCCAGGUUUUUAACGACUGGAGAGAAAAUGAUACUCUGAAAAUAUAUAUUCUCACUCCGCAUUUAUCUCCGGGCCCAGAUCUAUUGUUGGACGGAGAGUCAGAUAGCGACGAGGACGAUGAGGACAUGUCUGAUGAAGAUUCGAGUGACGAAAACAAGCAAAGCGACGAGGAUGACGAAGAGCCUGGAAGCGAAAGAAGCAAAGAAAAUCGCGAUGACGAUGACAAUGACGAUGAUGAUAAUGACUAUAACGAAGACGAUGACGAUGACGAUGAAAACGCUAAGAAGAAGAUCAAUAUGAAGAAAAACAGAAUUGCUCGUAAGAAAAGUAGAAAAUCAGAGCACGGUAGAACGAAAAAAAAUAACGUUCAACUUCCUAAGCACAAUAGUCAUAAAGUAAAAAAACAGAGAAUAAAAAGGCAAGCUAAUACGGUAGAAGCUUUCAAUAAAUUUGCGCGAAUUAAUUAUCGCGAUGUGUUACGCGCACGAUUGAGCAGGAAAAAUCGCAUGAACAAAGAACAAAGGGAAAGGACGAAAGAAACUUCGGACGAACAAACGAAAGCCACGACAUCAGCACCGCAAGUUACUACCGAAGAAACGAGAGAGGAAAUUAUACUGAGAUUACGAGAAAAGUACGCAAGUUACAUUUCGAAGAUAGCUCGUGCUCUAGCUAGAGCAAGAGGCACCGCCGUUUCUGAAGAUCACAUUGAUAAAGAUAUUCAAGACAUGAUCGAUUUCCAAAUUAAGUUAACCAAGAUUAGUGCAAAACCUGAAUUUGAUGAAAAAGAAAUGACGCUUAAUGACCUCCAAGCUUGGUAUGAUGAGAAGAAACAUAAUACGGAUCAUAGUGAAGUUGAUUGGGUGUACAAAAUCGCAAAACUGUUUGACGAGGCCAGUGUUCCCGUCGAUGGUGAUUUAAAUGUAGACUUUGUCUCUCCGAGUUACUUUGAAGCUCUUAUCUCAUUGCUGGAUGAAACGCCAAGUCGUGUUAUUGUGAACUAUAUACACUGGAAUUUUGUGAGCCGAGUAAUAAGGACUACCACCAAAGAAAUGAGAGACUUGGACGAUUCACGGAAAAGCAUAUAUCAAAGAAUAAGAGAUAGACCGUCUAUGUGCAUAAGAGAAGCAAACAUGGACGAUAUUUUAGGAUACGAAUUCGUGCGGGAACAUUUCCCCGAUGACGUCGCUCAAACAGCAAAGGACAUGAUCGACGAUAUACAAAAAGAGAUCGAAUAUCAAAUCGAGGAAUCAGAUUGGAUGAACGAAGAUACCAAGGACUUUGUUUUAGCAAAAUUAGUGAAUAUGAAAAAUCAUAUUGGCUAUCCAGAUUGGUACAAAAAUGAUACAAUUGUUAAAAGAUAUUUCCAAGGACUUAUUAUUUGCAAUUCAUAUUACGAGAAUGUAAUCAGUUACGGAAGAUACGAAAAGUGGAAGCAACUGCGACAAUUGAAAAACAACGAUCGUGACAUAUGGAAGUACAUGACUCCUAUGACAGUGAAUGCGCUAUUUAUGCCAGACACAAACUCUAUAACUUUGACGGCGGCAGAUUUUCAGAGCCCAUUUUUUGCUUACGAUCGUCCACAAGUUAUUAAUUAUGGUAUAGUUGGAAGCAUCAUCGGUCAUGAAAUUAAUCAUGGAUUUGAUAACAACGGACAUUCUUAUGAUAAAAACGGUGUGUUAACCGAUUGGUUAUCUGCAAUGACCGACGCGUAUGGCAAAAGAGCGGAGUGUUUUGUGGAACAAUACAAUAAUUAUGCUGUCGACGAAGCAGGAACAAAAAUAGAGAAUUACGGCAAUCAAACGGCGGGCGAGAAUAUCGCAGAUACAAUGGGAUUAGAAGCAACGUAUAGAGCUUAUCUAAGAAGAGAAAGAGAGUGUGGAAAAUCAGAUACCGUAUUGCCGGGGUUGGAAAAUGUUACUCACAGUCAACUUUUCUUCUUAUCCUUUGCCAGUGUAUGGUGCGAGUCUAUAGACGAAUCAAAAGUUGAUCUUGUGGCCCAAAGGACCAAAUUUGAUUCUCACAGCAUUGGGCGUUUGAGAUUAAUAGGAUCUCUUUCAAACUCGGAGAACUUUGCCAAAGCUUUCAACUGUCCAGUUGGCAGCGCUAUGAAUCCUGAAAAGAAAUGCAAUAUUUGGAAAUAAAUAAUAUUAAUUUUUAACAAAAAUGAAGAUGUUUAGCAUAAAAUAUAUCUACUUCUACGUUCUCUAUCCACUUUUAUGUAACAUGAAUAAAUAAAGUGACGCAUAUAUA